AUGCCUGGCAGGGGCAGCGUCUCCCACCUUAGAUUCGCCCAUGGCGUAAAGCAAAUUAACGCAUUUCACCACUAUAAAAUCAAUACAAACAUCUCAAUCCAUCCCAACACUUCAAGAAACAUGGCCUCCUCAUUCAGCUCAGAGCGUCUAAUCUACCGCGGACUAGAAGGCACGCCGCGCGACAAAGCCUUCAUCCUCUCCAUCCUCUCCGACCGCACCAGUUCCGAGAACACAACAAACUACCUGGUCAAGCCAGCGUCUUCAGCGGAUGUAGAUAGUUUCAUGCGCGGAUUCCGCGAAGCUUUCCUCGGAGUCCUGGUCUGCACCCCCAAUCCCUCCGUUCUGUAA